GCGGCGGCGGCGGCGGCAGCAGCAGCGGCGGCGGCAGCAGCAGCAGCUCGGGGCUCCCCGUCCGGCCGCCCGGGCCUCGGCUCCCGCGGGGGACACCAUGUACUGGCUGGCGGCGCAGGGAGGCCGGCGCCCGGCGGGGAUGUUGGGUUAACGGCAUGGAGAACAGCCACCCCCACCACCACCACCAGCAGCCCCCGCCGCAGCCCGGCCCUUCGGGCGAGAGGAGGAACCACCAUUGGAGAAGUUACAAGUUGAUGAUUGACCCGGCCCUCAAGAAGGGGCACCACAAGCUCUACCGCUACGAUGGGCAGCACUUCAGCCUGGCGAUGUCCAGCAAUCGCCCGGUGGAGAUCGUCGAAGAUCCCCGGGUCGUCGGGAUCUGGACCAAAAACAAGGAGCUGGAGCUGUCGGUGCCCAAAUUCAAGAUCGAUGAGUUCUACGUGGGCCCCGUGCCCCCGAAGCAGGUGACAUUUGCCAAGCUGAAUGACAACAUCCGAGAGAACUUCCUGAGGGACAUGUGCAAGAAGUAUGGGGAGGUGGAAGAGGUGGAAAUUCUGUACAACCCCAAGACCAAGAAGCACCUGGGCAUUGCCAAGGUGGUCUUCGCCACGGUCCGGGGGGCCAAGGAGGCUGUGCAACAUCUGCACAGCACUUCGGUCAUGGGCAACAUCAUCCACGUGGAACUGGACACCAAAGGGGAAACCCGCAUGCGGUUCUACGAGCUGUUGGUCACAGGCCGGUACACCCCGCAGACCCUCCCCGUGGGCGAGCUGGACGCCAGCUCUCCCAUUGCCAGCGACGCCCUGCAGCUGUCAGAUGCCCUGAAGCGCCUCAAGGAUGGCAGCCUGUCUCUGGGCUGUGGGUCCGGCUCCUCCUCCGUCACCCCCAACAGCGGCGGGACGCCUUUCUCGCAGGACACGGCUUAUUCCAGCUGCCGCCUGGACACCCCCAACUCCUACGGACAGGGCACGCCCCUCACGCCGCGCCUGGGCACCCCCUUCUCACAGGACUCCAGCUACUCCAGCCGCCAGCCCACACCCUCCUACCUCUUUGGCCAGGACCCCACCACCACCUUCAAGGCCAGGCGCCACGAGAGCAAGUUCACGGACGCCUACAACCGGCGCCACGAGCAUCAUUAUGUGCACAACUCCAACGCGGCCACUGUGGCAGGAACUGCGGCCUCCUUCCGGGGUUCUUCUGACCUGCCCUUUGGGGCAGUGGGAGGCGGAGGGGGCGGCAGCGGCCCUCCCUUCAAGGUCCAGCCGCAGGACUCGAGUUCUUUUGCCCACACGCCACCCCCCAGCCAGGCCGCUCCUGCUCCUGGGUUCAAGUCAGCUUUCUCUCCAUACCAAACCCCUGCACCUCCUUUCCCCCCGCCUCCCGAGGAGCCUGCUGCCACCGCCACCUUUGGGACCCGUGACAGUGGGGAGUUCCGGAGAGCCCCUGCACCCCCGCCCCUGCCGCCUUCGGAGCCCCCAGCUAAGGAGAAACCGGGGACACCACCCGGCCCGCCACCCCCGGACACCAGCAGCAUGGAGCUGGGCGGCCAGCCCACCUUCGGCUGGAGCCCUGAGCCCUGCGACAGCCCCGGCACGCCCACACUGGAGUCCUCUCCCGCGGGCCCUGAGAAGCCACACGACAGCCUGGACUCGCGCAUCGAGAUGCUGCUGAAGGAACAGCGCACCAAGCUGCCCUUCCUACGGGAUCAGGACUCGGAUGCCGAGCUGCAGAUGGAGGGCAGCCCCAUCUCCUCCUCCUCCUCCCAGCUCUCGCCACUCACACCCUUCGGCACUAACUCUCAGCCCGGCUUCCGGGGUCCCAGCCCGCCCUCCUCGCCCCCCUCCAGCACGGGGCUGGAAGACAUCAGUCCCACGCCGCUGCCGGACUCUGAUGAGGACGAAGAUGAGCUGGGCUUGGGGCCACGGCCCCCGCCUGAGCCGGGCCCUCCGGACCCCGCUGGACUUCUGGGCCAGACAGCUGAGGUGGCUUUGGAUCUGGCUGGAGACAGGACCCCGACCUCAGAAAAGAUGGAUGAGGGCCAGCAGUCCUCCGGUGAGGACAUGGAGAUCUCAGAUGAUGAGAUGCCCUCGGCUCCCAUCACCAGCGCUGAUUGCCCCAAACCUAUGGUGGUGACCCCAGGGUCGGCAGCCGUGGCAGCCCCUGCUGUGCUGGCUGCCAGCCUGCCGCUGCCCCCACCACCCGGCUUCCCACCACUGCCCCCGCCGCCGCCGCCGCCUCCCCCGCAGCCCGGCUUCCCCAUGCCGCCCCCGCUACCGCCGCCGCCACCACCCCCAACACACCCAGCGGUGACUGUGCCCGUGCCACCACCGCCGCUGCCUGCACCGCCUGGGGUGCCACCACCACCCAUCCUACCGCCACUGCCGCCUUUCCCACCCGGGCUGUUCCCGGUGAUGCAGGUGGACAUGAGCCACGUGCUGGGCGGCCAGUGGGGUGGCAUGCCCAUGUCCUUCCAGAUGCAGACACAGAUGCUGAGCCGCCUGAUGACUGCCCAGGGUGCCUGCCCCUACCCACCCUUCGUGGCUGCUGCUGCUGCGGCCGCCUCAGCUGGGCUGCAGUUUGUGAACCUGCCGCCUUACCGCGGCCCCUUCUCGCUGGGUGGCGCAGGCCCGGGCCGAGGCCAGCCAUGGCCCCCACUGCCCAAGUUUGACCCAUCGGUGCCACCGCCAGGCUAUGUGCCGCGCCAGGAGGACCCGCACAAGGCCACGGUGGACGGCGUGUUGCUUGUGGUGCUUAAGGAACUCAAGGCCAUCAUGAAGCGUGACCUGAACCGCAAGAUGGUGGAGGUGGUAGCCUUCCGCGCCUUCGACGAGUGGUGGGGCAAGAAGGAGCGCAUGGCCAAGGCCUCGCUGACUCCUGUGAAGUCGGGCGAGCACAAGGAUGAGGACCGGCGGAAGCCCCGGGACCGAGUGGCCUCAUGCCUGCUGGAGUCGUGGGGCAAGGGUGAGGGCCUGGGCUGCGAGGGCCUGGGCCUGGGCAUCGGCCUGCGCGGGGCCAUCCGCCUGCCCUCCUUUAAGGUCAAAAGGAAGGAGCCGCCUGAGGCAGCCUCGUCUGGUGACCAGAAGCGUCUCCGGCCUUCGACCUCUGUGGAUGAAGAAGAUGAAGAAUCUGAGCGGGAGCGGGACCGGGACAUGGCGGAGGCCCCAUGCGAGCUUGCCAAACGGGACCCCAAGGGUGUAGGGGUACGGCGGCGGCCGGCGCGACCGCUGGAGCUGGACAGUGGCGGGGAGGAGGACGAGAAGGAGUCCCUCUCGGUGUCUUCAUCCUCAUCGGCAUCCUCAUCCUCGGGGUCCUCAACAACCUCACCCUCGUCCUCGGCCUCCGAUAAGGAGGAGGAGCGGGAUAGUACCGAAGAGGAGGAAGGGGAAGAGGAAGAAGAGGAAGAAGAGGAAGAAGGUGGCCCCCGGAGCCAGAUCUCUUCUUCCUCAACCUCAUCCUCAUCAGACAAGGAUGAUGACAGUGAUGAUCAGGAUGAGUCCGAAAACGAGGACGAAGACUCGGCCCUGUCGGAAGCCAGCCAGAAGAACGACGGGGACUCUGAUGGAGAGGAGACGGUGAGCAUCGUCACGUCCAAGGCUGAGGCUGAAUCGUCCAGCGGGAGCUCUGAGUCUUCUGAGUUUGAGUCAAGCUCAGAGUCCUCAUCUUCGUCCUCAGAGGAUGAAGAGGAUGUGGAGACAAAGGAUGAGGAGGAGGAAGAGGAGGAAGAAGAGGAGGGGAAGGUGGGACCAGUGGACAAAAGCUCGGCCUCUGCUGGCGCUGAGAGCUUUGAGGAGGCCAAGGAGGAGGAGUCCCUGGCCCUGGAGGUUCUCACCGGGGAGGCACUGGGCACUGAGGAGGAGGUGGACAUUGAGGUGGAGGACGAAACCCCCCAGGAGCCGGCGCCUGUGCCUGUGGAUGCUGAGGAGCUGGCGCGCUGCAAGCGGCCCCCUGAGGAGCCAGAUCUGAGCCAGCAAGGACCCAUGGUGGUGUCACCGGAGCCCCGGGCCACAGAGGCAGAGCCCCAACCCCCCUCGUCCCCUGAGCUCGCCCCAGGGGAUGACCUGGAAAUGGAGCCCGUGCCCCCUCCAGCACUCACCUUGCCUCUGCAGCCACCAUUACCGCCCCCUCGGCCCCCUCGGCCCCCCAGUCCACCACCAGAGCCUGAGACCCCAGACCUUCCGCACCCACCCAUCGCCCCGGAGCCUCUGCCCGAGGACCAGCCCCCACGUACCCCAGGCCUGUGUGGCAGCCUGGCCAAGUCGCAGAGCACAGAGACAGUGCCGGCUACACCAGGCGGGGAGCCGCCUCUGUCGGGGGGCAGCAGCCUGUCCCUGAGCUCCCCGCAGGUACCCGGCAGCCCCUUCUCCUACCCGUCCCAGUCCCCAAGCUUGGGCAGCGGGGGCCUCCCACGGACGCCUGGCCGGGAUUUCAGCUUCACACCCACCUUCCCAGAGCCCAGUGGGCCCCUGCUUCUGCCCGUGUGCCCGCUCCCUGCCGGCCGGCGUGAUGAGCGCUCUGGCCCCCUGGCUUCCCCUGUGCUCCUGGAGACAGGUCUGCCCCUCCCACUGCCCCUGCCUCUGCCCCUGCCCCUGGCACUGCCCGUACCCGUCCUACGGGCCCAGGCUCGGGCGCCAACCCCACUACCCCCUCUGCUUCCAGCCCCACUGGCCCCUUGCCCUGCCCCCAUCAAAAGGAAGCCGGGCCGGCCCCGGCGGUCCCCACCAUCCAUGUUGUCAUUGGAAGGGCCUUUGGUCCGGCCACCAGCAGGGCCUGCCCUCGGGAGGGACCUGCUGCUGCUGCCUGGCCAGCCUCAGGCCCCUGUCUUCCCCAGCACUCACGACCCCCGGGCUGUGACCCUGGACUUCCGGAACACGGGGAUCCCAGCCCCGCCUCCACCCCCACCUCCUCAGCCACCCCCACCCCCACCACCCCCGCCCAUUGAGCCCACCAAGUUGCCCUUCAAAGAGCUGGACAACCAGUGGCCUUCUGAGGCUAUUCCCCCGGGCCCGCGUGGGCGUGAUGAGGUCCCCGAAGACUACAUGGAUCUGAUUAAGGCGCGGGGGCAGUGGCGCCGGCCCCUCAAGAAACGCCAUGAAGAUCUGGUUGCUGCCUCUGCCUCGCCUGAGCUCUCACCACCCCAGCCCCUCUUCCGGCCCCGCACCGAGUUCGAGGAAAUGACCAUCCUGUAUGACAUCUGGAAUGGUGGCAUUGACGAAGAGGACAUCCACUUCCUGUGUGUCACAUAUGAGCGGCUGCUGCAGCAGGACAAUGGCAUGGACUGGCUCAACGACACACUCUGGGUCUACCAUCCCUCCACCAGCCUCUCUUCAGCUAAGAAGAAGAAGCGGGAUGACGGUAUCCGCGAGCACGUGACGGGCUGUGCCCGGAGUGAGGGCUUCUACACCAUCGACAAGAAGGACAAGCUCAGAUACCUCAACAGCAGCCGCGCCAGCACUGACGAGCCCCCUGCCGACACCCAGGGCAUGAGCAUCCCUGCGCAGCCCCACGCUUCCACACGGGCUGGCUCAGAGCGGCGGUCGGAGCAGCGUCGCCUGCUGUCCUCCUUUACCGGCAGCUGUGACAGUGACCUGCUCAAGUUCAACCAGCUCAAGUUCCGGAAGAAGAAGCUCAAAUUCUGCAAGAGCCACAUUCAUGACUGGGGCCUAUUUGCCAUGGAGCCCAUUGCUGCGGAUGAGAUGGUCAUCGAGUACGUGGGUCAAAACAUCCGCCAGGUGAUCGCGGACAUGCGCGAGAAACGCUACGAGGACGAGGGCAUUGGGAGCAGCUACAUGUUCCGGGUGGACCAUGACACCAUCAUUGAUGCCACCAAGUGUGGCAACUUCGCACGCUUCAUCAACCACAGUUGCAACCCCAACUGCUACGCCAAGGUGAUCACAGUGGAGUCGCAGAAGAAGAUUGUCAUUUACUCGAAGCAGCAUAUCAGUGUCAACGAGGAGAUCACCUACGACUACAAGUUCCCCAUCGAGGACGUCAAGAUCCCCUGCCUCUGUGGCUCUGAGAACUGCAGGGGGACCCUCAACUAGCCCCGCCCCAUUUCAGGUGCUGUUCCCUCCCCAGGGGCCACGCCAGGGCCUGGACCCCAACACUACCCCAGGACACCCCCUGCAGCUCCGGCCUCUUGGCGGGAAAGGGCUUCUCUGUCCGUCAGCCCGCGUCUCUGUUUUAGAACUGCUCCUUGCAGGGGCAUCGCUGACCAUGAACUUGUGUCUCUGUGUCCCUGUCUCCCUCUGGCUUCUCUCUCUCUCUCUGUCCUCAGCCUCUUCUCAUGAAUGCUGCUACAUGGUUUGGUCUUCUCUGCAUUUUUGUCCUCGUCAUAAGGAAAGACAUUUUAACCGUUGAAAUGUGAAGACAGAAUCAGAACGGGCCUCAGCUGGCGCCCGAUGUGCGGCCAGGUGCUGUGGGAGCAGGGGCCGCCCCGACCACGACCUCAGAACACUACGGAGCUGACAGGCCCUUCUGCCCGCGCAGCAGUGCGGAGCCCGGAGCCUCCCAACCCACUCCCCGGCUUUCUCCCUGACGGGCUGGGGCAGACCCUGGAGGAGCUCGCCAUGUGGCCCCCUGCCCACCCCCCACCUUGGGUUCAAUGUUUACUUUUUCAUUUGGAUGCCAGCAGCGGGAGGGAGCCCCCUGGGGUCCCGGAGUGGGUGUGGAAGCCUGGAGGACAAGGGGUCUCUCCCGCCCCGCCCACCCCCAGAGGCAGUGUCACCACGCAGUGUGGCCCAUGGCAGGGCUUUUGUCCAUGAGCUUCACAUUACCAGCCCAAGCAAGCAGCUGAGUCCUUCCAGAGGAGGAAAGUGUUGGGAAAACAUGUUAAAGUCAGACGAUCCGAGUUCUGGACAGCUUUUUCCUUUUAACCCUUUUCACCCCUCCCAUCCCCAUCCAGGUUUAUGUCCAUGAAUUAUUUUUUUUCCUUGUGUGUAUAUAAAACCUGAGCACAGGGGAAGACUGUGGGUGUUGGCAAUUCAGAGGCAGCCCCUGUGCUUAGACCUGCAAAGGACUCCUGGGCAGUGUGGUUUCCUGGCUCCGGGCUUGUCUCCUACUGUGGGAAAGCAGUGCACCCGUCGUUGGCCGGCGAGCCGAGCAGGCGUGUACAUAGGCUCCGGAGCACGGCUGCCGUACCUGGGAGCCAGUGCUGCAAUGAGAGGCUCCCAGGGGAUGGACCCAGACCCGGUGCCUCUGGUAUCUCAGCUUGUGUCAAGCUUAUUAUCAUGUAAAUUCUGUACAAAGAAUUGUUAUUUUUCUUUUCUUUUUUUUUUUUUUUUGUCGGUGGUUUUGUUUUUCUCAGUCCACCUAGACCCUCUCGGUUUGAGACCGUACCCACCAGUUUCCAAGCCAAGAGUUGGAGGCUUACAAUGUGGUGGGGGUGGGGGGUCCCUAGGCACCGUGGCAACCUUCUCUUCCAUUUGUGUUUCUUUGCCUAAUUGUGCAACCAGGGACAUAUUUAUUUUUCACCCGAGGAAAGAUAGCUGGUAGAGAUGACUGAUUUGAGUUCCCCAUCCCUCCCCUUCCCCGUGAGAGAAAGGAAGGGGGUAAUGAGGGUGCCAGGGAGGGGCUGGCCUCGCCCUACCAUGCUGGGGCCUCAGGCUUCUCCCAGGGCCAGGGUUUGGGCCCCCUCUGGAACCCCACCCCAUGGCUGGAAAUCACCUAAAAAAAUGUUGCCUCAUAUUUCUUUCAACUCCUUCAUUUUCAUUGAAAAAAACCUCUGCUUUUGAAGAGUUGGGGUUUUCUGCCUCUCCCCUCCUCCCCAUGCAAAGAAGAGAUCAAUUCUAGGGACGUUUGUGCGUGUAGACUCUGUCACCCUUAUGUACCUUGUUCUGAAGAGAAGUGUCUCCGUGGUGGGUAUCUUGCUGUAAAUACUUGUUGAUAUUUUUGUGAAUUCAAUACUAUAUACCAUUGUAUUAUAGUAACUUUUAUAAAGCAAACCAUAAAUACA